AGAUGCUCCAAGAGGAGCAUCCAGACCUGUGUCCAGUCAACAGAAGCGACCGGCCACCGAGCCUGACUGACCAUGGCCCUGUCAGCUCUGUGGCGCCGCUCUGUGAGCUGGAGAUCAGCCCUGACCCGGCUCGUGCAGCUCUUCCGCUCCCCCCAAACCUCCGGCACCAAAGGCUCAGCCAACCUGCCUCCACCAGCCCCACUGGCAAGCAGCCCCGGUGUUGCUGUCCCAUCAAACACUGCCCGGGGGGGGGCCCAGGGCAGUGGGAAGCCCCUGGCUGGGGCAGACCAGAGUGCCCCCCCGGGUCAACUGCAGCCCUACGACCAUCAGGGGAGAGCAGUGGCCCCGGUCCCACCAGCGCGGCACAGCCAGCGCAGCCCUGCCAGCUCAGCCAACCCCUCCGGGACAGCCCUGGGCAGUGGCAGCCCCCCAGACAGCAGCACCCCCAUGGAUGUGGACGCCACCCCAGUGCUUAACAUCAGCCUGGCCAGUGACGUCUCCAUGGAGGAGGACGCCCCCCGCGGCUGCGACCUCUCGCUGGCCAGCGACGUCUCCAUGGAGGAGGACACCGCCCGCGGCUGCGACCUCUCGCUGGCCAGCGACGUCUCCAUGGAGGAGGACGCCCCCCGAGGCUGCGACCUCUCGCUGGCCAGCGACGUCUCCAUGGAGGAGGACGCCCCCCGAGGCUGCGACCUCUCGCUGGCCAGUGAUGUUGCCAUGGAGGAGGACACCCAGCAGCACGUGGGGACAGGCCUGCCACCACCGCAGAGCAGCGUGUCCCCAGACGACACCAAGCUGGAAAGGCGGGGGGCGAAGAGGAAGAGGGGCUCUGAGCCAGGGGUUGCCAGCAAGAUCAAGGCUCCCGCAGCCGGGGCUGGGGCAGGAAGAUUGGCUUAG